UGACUGGUUCUCUAGUGUUGGGUCGUGCAAGUUAAGUCUCCUUUCUCGUAUCAUUCUGGGGUUGCGAGAUUAGUUCAAGAAUGACGUCAACUUUGAUUUAUCCCGUUCAGUGCUUUUCCUUUUCAUUAUAAUGAAAUAUGUUUCUUUGUAUCAUGGAGAGCAGGAUACAUGACACGACAUUUUAAAGGAAAUUUCCAUCGGUUGAUAUACCAACACAACGCCCUUAUCUUUCGUAGGAAUAGACAACGCCAGAUAUUUAGCCAUCCACGUUUUGUAACUAUCCACGACUUCAAUUAUCCGUCGAUUUUAGUUUUUUAGCCUAUAAUCAUCGAUAAUUUGCGAUUUUCAAUAACUAAAAAAUCUUUCUCCAACUUUUGCUUGGUUACUCGUCAAUCAACCGUUCACAAAUAUGCAUAGAAAACUGCUAAAUUUAUCAUUCCUUUCGAUCUGCGUCUCGCUCAGCGCUGGCGAGCAGACAGCCCCGCCAUUUUCACGGAGUCCCUCAUUCAAGCAUUCCUCACCCUUAAGGAGCCCGUCAUUCAAGAACACCUCGCCAGGAAGUGGAAUCCCAGUACUGUUUAAAAGCUCAUCGCCAUUAGGCGAUCUCCCACUAUGGAAGAGCCCCUCGCCAUCGAGGAAUCCCUCACCAUUGAGCGAUCUCCCACUGUGGAGAACCUCCGGACCAUGGAGUGGCUCACAGAGGGGUGACUCCUCACCACCACGGCGUGCAACGUGGAGUAACUCCUCACCAGAGGAUAGUCACCCAUGGAGAAGUUCCCCACCUCCAAGGACUCCCUCGCCAAGAUUCAAGACACCCACACCCUUCUCAACAGAAGCAGACUCAAGUGAGUCAGGUUCACCUCCGAGGACCCCCUCGGCAAGAUUCAGGACACCUACUCCCUUCUCGACGGAAGGAGACUCUGGUGAAACAGAUUCAGCCCCUCCUACGGGUUCUGCCUCCGAUGUAGCUGCUUCGAAGCGGAAGGCAGAUGAGCUGAACGAGCGCUUCAACAAUGAGGUCGGGGGUUGCGAAGGCCCGAGGGGCGAGAGUCCGGCGUACGAGUGUUCCGGCAUUUUGAUUCGCGGCGUCAGCAGCGAUCGCAACCCGUACGCUUGGACCUUGAGCAAGUACAGCCGGGAGACGAUGUCCGUCUGCAUGGGGUAUCUACGUCGAGACGCGCAGUGGGCUGGGUUCCCCUACGGCUACGUCAGUGGAUUCAUCAUGUACCCGCAAUCGAAGACCCCAUGGACGAAGACCAAGACAAGGGUCAUCUGCGCCUUCCCGCUAGACGCGCACUCUGACGAACGAACCGGGAAAUACGCUUGCGGGGAGAGUCAGCAGGACACUAUAGGAGAGAGCGGUCAUUGCCAUGCUCAAGGUAUCUUCUCGUUCAGGGAUUGGCUGGCUCAUUAUCACCGCGUCAGCUUUAAUUUCUCCCACACCCAGUGCGGCUUUGAUAUGACCGCGCCGCAAGCUCCAGGCCUGUUCAGGACCUUUCUGAAAGCCUCGAAUUUCGUGCAGAACGAGCCUUUCGACCUCAAGAAUAACGAGAUUCUGGUUUACGCCUGGAACGAGAACGAUGUUGCAAGAAUCCCGAUCGAAGCGUUUUUCUUUACCGUCGGAAGCGAGGAGGGGCGGCUUAGUGCCAGGAGGUUUCAGCGGGAUUUCAAACGAGCCAGUGGCGGGGAGACGAUUCCAAUCGUGGGUAUCCAGUUUCCAAAACCGAAUGUCCGGGAAUUUAAGGUGUAUCCGAUGGAUGAAGCCAAGCUCAUCACGGAGAGAAUUGCACGAUCCACGCCGGUGAACCCAUGGUUGAUGCGUUCUCCCAGUAGAGGAGGAUCACAUGAUUUUUCGUCGUUAUUCGCGAACCCUUCUGAUAGAGGAGGAUCACAUGAUUUUUCGUCGUUGUUCGCGAACCCUUCUGAUAGAGGAGGAUCACAUGAUUUCGCUUCGUUAUUCGCAAACCCCUCUGCUAGAGGAGGAUUCUCGCCACGAUUUGGCAGCUCCCCUAGUAAUAGAUUUAUCAUGCAGUAAGUAAAAAAAAAAAUGAUGAUGAUGCAUUGGAAUUGAAUCAGAGAGAACGAAAUCACACCAACUCGGUAACUCGAAAAUGCUCAAUUUUCAUCAAAGACGGUCAAUUUUUAUGAAGGUUAUUGAAGUAUAAGCGCAUCUGUUCCAACUUGGACCUUUAACGUGCACCGAAAAAAAGGGAAGUUAAUUUAACAUUCUGGAUGUAAAAACAGUGUGCGAGAACUUACAGAUUGCUAAAUUACCCGAUGCGGCAGUUAAUUUUACAUCUUGACAUUGCUAAAGUAACUACUGCAGCAGUUAGAUCAGCAUUUAGUGAGUGCUUGCACUCUUUUUUUACAUCCAAAAUGUAGAAUCAACUGAAUUUUUUUUUCAGAGUGUCUUUAAGUUUUUGCCUUUCGGCACCAAAAAUCUUUUUCUUGGACUAAUUUCUUCACCCGCUGUGUGGUCUCGUGUGUGUCUUCAUUAUUCUCAUUAUUUCGAGUUGAUGUGUUUUCGUACUCACUGAUUCAAUUAUUUCCAGGUGGGUCUCUCGGUCAAAUUUUCUGUAAAAGUACCCGAUGUUCUCUAACGUGUGAUGCUCAGAAAUUUUGGAGAAAUUAUUAAUUACUGAUAAUAGAUGAUCGGAUCGUUCUCUUAAAGGCCAAAGAUCGAGCUUAAGUCUAAUAAUAAUUUGAUAAGGAGGAAGCUCGGUUUAAUCCGUGUAUCCAAUUAGAGGAGACUUAAGACCACCUCUUCUUUGAUCUCUUUGUAAAAAAAGAGAAAGUUUUCGAUAUAAAAUAUUUAAACAUUACGAAACCCAAAAAUAAUGUUGCUGGGUAAUGCGUCCGUGCAUAAAUUUUUUAUCCAAAACUCAAAAUUUUAUACCAGUUUUUACAACCACAAAAAAAUGAAAAAUAUUCAAAUUUUGGCGUUUGUACCAGAAUGACGUUAUUUCCCAUAAGGUGACACACUAUGUACCAUGGUACAUGUUACAUAGUGUGUCUCAACGGCUGGAAAGGGUGUAUUUGAUAACGAGAAGCGCCCAAAAAGGUAUAUGGUAAACGAGAAGGUGGUAAACUUGCGGUAUUUAAGAGAUUGGGCAUAAUUUAUGCUAUAUCAACAAUCGGUAUUUUAGGUUUUAUGGUUUUGGGGACAUCAUAUAUUUAUCGUUAGAAUAGAAGUAGACACUCGAGCUUAUUUACUUCAGCUACUAUGCUUAUCGUUGUUCCCACAUGAAUUAAAAUUUUUGGGGAUUCAGUACUUUGGAAAUAAUAAAAUCUAAUAAGUUUAGUCUUUUUGUUCAUUGAUUUUCAGGGUUUUUAUUUUUAUUCACCAUGGGAGGUUUAACUGGGAUUAUAUUGUAUAAAUCUUCUGUCGAUGUUUGUUUACACGGUACUUAUUUUGUUGUGGUUCACACAGCUGUUUUGACCGUGGGGAUACGGUCAAGCCAUUGCUGUGUUAGACACCAUUGCAUUGCUUUGUGCGUAGGACUAAACUUGAGGUUUAGACUAAAGCAUUGGUUCUUCUGCUCAUUUUAUUCUAAAAAAUAUACCUAGAUACGAUUUCCACUUGAAAUUUCUAACAUUUACAAUUUUCAUAGAUGUGUUGCUAUCCCUGUUAUAGCCCUGCAUAAUACGAAAAAAAUCGUAGGAUCAACAAUGUGUAUUGUGAAUUCUAGGUCCUACCUAAUUUUAUAGUUGUACUACCAAUGUUAUUAUGUUAGUAACAACUAUUUUAGUCCCGGCAACAACGCUGACUGAGACCGUAUUUUUACUGGGAAAAAUAGAACGAAAAAAAAUAAAUAGUAUCACAAAAGUAAAAUCGUAAAUCGACCAGUAAAGUUGAAAGGACUUGAAAUCCUCUAUGAGUAUUGUAUGGGCAUGAUUCUUUUUUUCAGAUAAGGAAGGAGUGUUUAAUGAUAUGUAGCUUGGUGUAAUAAAUAUUCUGCGCAAUACAUCGUUAUUUUUUCUAAUAAAUAAAACUGUAAAAAUGA